ACUUGUCAUUAGCACUUGACAGAACAAUAAAAUUUGCCUCAUUCGUCACUCGCGAACCCUCGAAAAGCAACAAUGGCGAUCUCCACACUCCAGAAACUCGCCUCACGGAUUUCCAAAAUCCCUUCACUCUCACUUCCAUCGCGCGCCAUAAUCGCCCGCUCCUCCGCCUCCGACGCGGCCGCGCCCCGUUCCUCCUCCGCAAAGGUCUCCGAUCGGAUCGUCAAACUCUUCGCAAUCGACCCCGACGGCCACAGGCAGAACGUGGUCGGCCUCUCCGGCCACACCCUCCUCAAGGCGCUGACGAACAAGGGCUUAAUCGAUCCGGCCUCACACCGCCACGAGGAGAUCGACGCCUGCUCCGCCGAAUGCGAGGUCCACAUCGCCCAGGAGUGGCUCGAGAAACUGCCGCCGGCGACGGAGGACGAGGAGUACGUGCUGAGGAAGAGCUCCCGGAAUCGUAUCCUGAACAAGCACGCCAGGCUCGGAUGCCAGGUCAUUCUGACGCAGGAGAUGCAGGGUAUGGUUGUUGCCGUACCUGAGCCCAGGCCAUGGGAUACUCCGUAAGGGCUUUCGUUCCCGGAGGAGCGGCGGUUGUCGUAAGGCUUAAGGCUUUUUUUUUUUUUUAAUUUUGUUUUUUGAAUAAUGUGGAUGGUUAUUAUGGAUAAUAUUUGACCAAUUUAUGAUGGAUUUGGGGCGAAUUUGAUUGCUGUUUUUAAAAUGUAUGUACUUUUGAAUGAAAUUCGACAAUUGGGUCCUCUGAUAUGUAUCAGAGGAAAUGUUCACAGUUUCAUAUUUAAUUUUGGUAAAAUAAAAUUAUCUUGUUUCCUGA